CUUCAGACAGAGCAGUGUGAGCCGCCAGUUAAGACACACACACACACACCCACACACACCCACACACAUACAUACACAGCUACAGGAAGACGCGUGCAGCACACGCCGUGCCUACAGCAGAACAACUUUGUGUGCUGGAGCUUCACAAACCGGUCCAUAGACACAAAUUCAUUUCUAGUGUUUCAAGAGGACAGGAGGCAGUGUGGAAGUGAGGGACACAGAGGAGCAGGAGGAAGCAUCUAAAUGGCCAACAUUGUGACGUCGGUGUGCUACGUGGUGCUCGCAGCUGUGGUGGUGGUGUAUGCCCAGCGACGCGGCCAGCAAGGAGGCAGGAUCCAAUACGCGAGGAUCGGCAGCAACGUGACGAUGAAGUGUGGCUCUCUGGACAAUGAUGCCUCAGUGACAUGGAAGGUGAACGGGACAGAUGUAAAAGCCAAGCGGAGAGAGGAAGGCCCACGACUUAUCCUCAUGGAAGUGGACAUGAGCAGCAAUGGCCUGUACAGCUGCUUCCAAAAUCCUGAUGGCCAGCGCCGAGACCAGAUCACAUUACGCGUCGGACUUCCUCCGAAGGAACCGCAGGUGACGUGCCGAUCAAACACCUACCCCAGGGGCUUCUACUGCAGUUGGCACCUUUUGCAUCCAACAUACAUCCCCACGGAAUUUGAAGUCAACGUCCAACACAGCCAGAAGUCUCUAGAAGUGACGCGGGAUGAUGUCCACAAGAACAGAUGCCAUGUGAUGUUCCCCGAGCUCUUCUCUAGUUUUCCCUACCGAGUCAAUGUCACGGCCAUCAACGAGCUCGGGUCGGCAUCCACAGCCAGCAGCUUUGAGGAGUCAAACAUGGUGAAACCAGAUCCUCCAGAGAAGGUGGUGGCCAGACCCAUUCCCAACAAUGCAAGGAGGCUUGAGGUGACCUGGAGCAGCCCGUCCACAUGGCCGGACAUCGAAUCCUUCCCUCUUAAGUACUUCCUGCGCUACCGUCCUCUCAUCAGAGACCAGUGGCAGCAUGUGGAACUUUCAGACAGCAUCUCCCACACCAUCACAGAUGCUUAUGUGGGGAAGGAGUACAUCAUCCAGCUGGCUGCUAAAGACAUGGAGAUCGGCACUUGGAGCGAUUGGAGCGUGGCCGUUCACGCGACGCCCUGGACAGAGGAUCCCAAACCCAUCACCUCCACCACGGAGGCGGACCUGCCCAUAGAGACCACUCCAUCUGCUGCCCCACCUUCACCUAGGCCCAGAGUGGGUGGCGCUACAGGACGAUGCAGUGCCCUACACUGCUCAUUCCUGCAUAUCUUUCUGGCGUGUGUCCUGCUGUCCAUGAUGUGAUGCUUAUAAUUAAUUCCUGUGGAAAGUCUUCUAGUUCUAUUUUGCACAUCUCAAUGGAUAUCGUGCAUUGAUAAUUUAAUUCAAGUUUUUUUUUUCUCUCACAAAAAAAUAGUAUGAUUAAUAAAUGAUGACAUUGAGAAGGAAAAGGAGGAUAUCUAAUAGCUGAAAUGCAUCAUGGGGGCAGCGAGGUGGCUGAAGGUGGAGUAAGCACAGACACGGGACUCUGAACCCCAGGGAAGCUAAACAUAUGGGGGCACGAGAGUCAACAGGCUUCUGUCUCACAGCAGCACAACCACGGCAAAAGAUAAAAACAAAACCAACGAAGCAUCUGUCCUUCUUUCCCCUUUGACUUUCUUUGGAAACAAAUCAGAGCCUUUUUUCAAUGUUUUGCACACACACACACACACACACACACUGGAGACGGUGGUACGAGCUCAAUUUUUUGUGUGUCAUGAAAUUCAGCAGCAUACAGCUAACUGGUCAUGCCAAAGACGUGGAGAUUUCACUUAUCUAUGAUCCUAUGAGCCUGUGUCUGUGCGAGGGACUGGAAGCUGCAGCGCAAAAUCUCCAUCCAGCAAACCAGAGCUUCAUAGACUGAGGACUAACAAACUUAGAAUGAAGGUCAUCAUAUUUUAUUAGUUUUUUCUCUUUACAGCAUUUAGUUUUCUUUCUUUUUUUUUAUUUCUCCUCGUCUUGGCCCUUGAUUACGAGAGGCUGAAUGACAGACGCUCAUGCAAACAUUUUACAGAAAACACUUACUUACUCCAUGGUGGUGUAUUGGACAGAAAUUUUUUUAAGAUGAAACAGACAUGAAUUGUAUCUGACCAAUCAGUUGUUAGUUCUAUAUAGAACCAUUUUUAUCAUCAAAUCCGUUUCUUUCUUCAUUUUUUUUUUUUUAAUAAAUCAGACUUUUAUUGCUGAUGUCCAAAUUUUCUGUUGCAUUAUCCAAGGAAUAUUGUUGUGAUUUUUUGCUUUUGUUUGUAUAUUUUUUUUUAUUACGAAACAUUCAUAUAGCAUCUUAGUUUAUUUUUUCUCAUUGACAUUUGCUUAAUUCUCCACGAUCAUAUUUUGUAAACUACGAUAUGUAUCUUUAACAUGGAAAAAAAAAAAACUUUAUUAUUUAAUAAUGUAUGUAUUAGCCUUAGAUUCUUGUAACCUGUAUCUGGGUUCUUUUUAUAGAUGUAUAUAUUAAAAAAAAAAAAAAAAAACACGA